UUCACGGACUACUUCUUGUCAGUUACAAGUUUAUAUCUUUGUUUACUAAAGAAAAAAGCAUAUUAUUAACUGUGUAAUAAUUUUUUUUAACAAAAAAGAAAUAUGUCAAUAAAUGUGACUGUCAACGGUAAUCCGGUGAAUAUACGAAAAGGACGAAUGUUUCUGUCAGAUUUGGAUCAAAUCAAGAAAAAUGAACGCGAUCGUCGAAGGAGGUUACGUGUCGAACAGGUUCGACAGCAAUCAAAAGAAAUAUCAAAUAGACUCUUGGAACGUGCAAAAAAUGCAACACAAAAAGAAUUGAGUCGUCUUGAAAAGGAUGGCAAAUCAGAGCUUAAGCAGAUACACGAUAGAAAAAUAAUGGAUAUGCAACAAAAAUAUCAUGAAGAUAUGGAGGAUAUAGGUCAAGCUCAUUUAGCAGCAACACUUCAACCUGAUGUUAAUGCAAUUAUUGAAGCGGAAGCAAGAAGAAAUAGAGCUAUUGCACUUCAAAGAGGAAAAGAAGCAGCACAAAAAUUAAAGGACGCUGAAAUGAGAGAAGAUGCUCGUUUAUUACAACAGGAGAGAAUAAAAAAAAUACGUGAGAAGGAAAAUUCACGUGCUGCAGCUGUUGUUGAAAAAUCAAAGCAAAAUAAUGAUGAAAAAUUAAUUUCUGAGACAUGUCACAGUGACGAUGCAAUAAUUGAAAUUGUAGACGAUAAAAAUUUGAAAAAAACAAAAAUCAUUAAAUCUCCAUCUAAAAAAUCACCUAUCAAAGUUGUGACAAAAUCAAAUGUCAAGGUGAUUGCAAAUCAUUCAAAAUUAAAAAGUCACACUGGCUCUACCGAAACGCGGCGAAAAAAUAAGGAAAAAGAAGAGAGAAGACAUUUUGAAAAAUUAAGAACUCGGGAUGCAAAUUCUUCUAAUGUUUCACAAAUAGCGACAAAUCCCGAUUCUGAUAUUGAAGAAAUCGAAGAAAAUUCCUCUAAUAAAAAUAUUCCAUCGACAAAAUCUAGUAAAUUUUCAAGAUAUAAUCCAGAGGAUUAUAUUCAUAAAUCAAUCGAUUCCAGUAGCACUAGUAGCUCAAGUUCGAUAAGUGAAGAUUCUUCUUAUUUUUCUGAUGCUGCGGAUCCUGUUAUAAAAAGAAAUCCAAAAUUUAAAACCCCCGAGAAAAGCAAAGUUCAACUCUAUGAUCACAAUACUAGGCAGAAAAAUGCUUACGAUAGACCUGCGGGAAUUGUUCAACGAAUUGACUUUACAAAUGAGCCAAACGCAGAAGACUUGGCUCGAGAAGUUGUCGAAUCAGAAAUUGCAAAUGCCGAAUUAUUAAAAAAGCAAAAAACAAAUGCCGAUCGUCGUGGACAAGAUGCAUUGCUUCGAGAGAAAAUUCGUCGCGAUUAUCAAAAUAUGAUGCAAAAUUUAGAGCAUUUAUCGCGCGAGGAACGUAAAUUGAAAGCCAGUCAAAUUCACGAACCACCUAAUCUACAUAUGUCACCAAAUCGACGAAAAGAAAUGCAAAAUAAACGUCAGAGAAAAAUGAAUCGUGCAUUGGAGGGAAUUUUACGAACCACUGACGAUCCACCUUAUACAUUAACGGAAAAAAUUGUUACCCUAAAACCACAAGACGAUAAUGAUGAUAUACAAUUUCAGCCAAAUGCUUCUUGGCAAGAUUCACCAUUUAAAAAUCCCACACCACCUCGAUCACCCGAAUUAAAAGAUAGUUUCGAUGAAUUAUCACGCGAGGAACAAAUUCUCGAACUAUUGCAAAAAGUCGAAAGACAAAAGAGAAUUUUACUUCGUGAAUUUGGUGCUAAUCUACCACAGGAUGUAUUCACUCAACAAAAACCGCCAUCGAUUGAAAAAAAUCAUUCACCUGAAAUUCAAGUAAUAAAUAUGUCAACACAACAGGAAAUACCAAAAAUCAUCGAGAAAUUGAAAACUAAAUCCGAAAUUGCUGUACAAACAUCAACAAUUGAAGAAACUGCCGAGGAUAAAGGUGUACAAGUUGAAUUAAUUCAAGAAAUUGAAAAUAUUGAAAAUCAACCAAAAAUCCAUCCACUCGAACCAAUUGUCAAAAUUGUUACACCUGAAAUUGAUGACACCAGCAGUGGAUCGUCAAUAAUCACCGAUCUUGUAAUAAAUUUCGAUAAAAAACAAGUCCAAGUAACGCCAAAGAGAAAAAAGAAAGGGACAUUAAAAAUUUCACGUAAAUCAUCACCGCUAACAUCAUCUAAAUCACGUUCCGUUAAUAAAUCAACGCCGAUAAAAAAACAAUUUUCAAAAUCACCAUCAAAAUUACCAAAAAAAUCGCCAAUAAAAAAUCAAGAAACAAAACAACAACAAUUUGAAAUCGAUACUAUUGAUUCAAGUACAGAGAGUUCGCAAAUUUAUUCAACGCCUAAAAUUGAUGAUUCAGGUAAAAUUUAUCGUAUUCAUUCGCGAUCAAUGAAAAAAACAAUAAGAAUUCGUGACGCCUCCGAUACAACAUCAACAUCAUAUGCGAGUCCACCAAAUGCACAAGCAGCUGCUCUUUUAAAUCAAAACAAUUUCACUGAUAUGACACCAAUUUUAGAAUUAUUAGAUUCACAUGCAAUUGAUGCGUUACAUGUUCGUAAAUCACAAAUAAGUCCCGUAUCAACGCCCGAAACACCAUCGCCAAGAACAAUUAAAUUACCAUCAAAUAUUCCUAAUCCAGAAAAAAUAAGUAAAAUGUUAAAAUUUAUCGAUAUUGAUAAUAAAAAAUCGCAAAGAGAAGAAAAUAAUUUUACAAAAAAUUCACAAAAAUCAAUGCAAACAUGUCAAUGCAAAAAUCCAAAUUGUAAAAUGCAUUAUAAUGAAACUGAUAAUUUGAAAAAUUGUCCCGAAAUACAAAAAUUAUACGAAGAAUUGGAAAAUGUUUGCGCUGAGAGAAUUGCUUCGUUGACGGAUCUUAUUAAAAAAUUGCGAAACGAACCUAAAAUUCUUCCAGCGGGAGCUGAUUUUACUCUACUAUCACCGCAGGAUAAAAUAAAUCUUCAAUUAUCAACGAGUAGUAUUCCACGUGAUUUAAAAGAUGUUCGUAAUUUAGUGGAAAAUGUCGAGGCAAUUAAUAAUCAAUUGGCAAGAACAUUACAAGAAUCACGAAGAAUUAUUGCCGGCGAAGGAAUUGAUUUACCAAAACCACCAUUGUCUUAUUCACAAAUACAAAAAUCACCCGAUAUCAGUGAUUCAAAAUCAAAAGAAGAAUCCACAUCAUCAAGUAAUGAAGAAGAUGAUAAUGAUAGAAUUGAAAAAUUAAAACCAAAAAUUGUUAGCGAAGAAACGGUAAAAUUAAAUUUGGAUAAAUUUCGUAUUUUUCAAAAUCCAAAAUUAGAAAACAAAAUUAAUGAUCCCGAUAAACAAUCGGGACACGAUGAUAUUGUUGAAAAAAUUUCCAACGAAAUUUUACAACAAAGUAAAAGUGUCGAUAAAUCAUCAGGUUUUGUGACACUCGAUUCAUUUAAAGAAACUGACAGUUAUUUAGCAAUGAAGGAGGAAUUUGAUUUUCGUGAUUUUGAUUCCUCUGAGGAGCAAAAUAACGUUUCUGAACAAAAGACAUCUUCAAGUCCCAAGAAAAAAGAUGAUUUUAUUCCAAUAUUGGCAGGAAUUCCUAAAACUCCACGAGCAUUGCCAAAUUUAAAUAACAGGGGACGUCCACCUGUUACAUUAACCAGCGGUCAUUACAGAUCACCCGCUCAUGAGCUUUCGACAAUCGUUGAAUUUGACACACCGGAUACGGCAGACAGAAGUCAAAUUAGCGGGAAAAUAUCACCGUCAAAGGCAAAAAGAAAUCUCACAAAUGACAUAACAUCAGUGAGUCCUUCUAAAAAAUCUACCUUAAAAAAACCCUUAGAUCUAUUUAAUAUUCCAAAAAAUAACAUUAAACCUUCCGUUCAUGUUGCUCCAUUACCAAGUCAUCGAACACCCGAACAAACACCUAAACGUUCACAAAUUCAAAAAUCAUCAAUUCAAUUAUUUCCCGGCAAAGAAAAACCAUUCGAUGCCUUUGCAUUGCCAAAUGAAAAUGAAAGUCAUUCAUCGUAUUCAUCCGAAAUUAAAAAAAUUGCAAUUUCAAAAUAUGACGAAAAUAAUUCAUCAAUAUUAAAUAUUUUAUCAAACACACAAAAUGAGCAAUUUUUUAAAAAAAUCAGUUCAACAAGUUCAAAUAGUUUUUCACCAUUAUCGGGAAUUUCGGAAAUAAUUAGUACACCAUCGUCGGAUUUUUUAAAAUGUCCAUCAUCACCUGAGGAAAUGGAGAGAACUUUAAAAAAAUUUGGUCUUGGUUGGGCAUUAACAACAUUGAAAAAAACACGUGAAGCAUCAGCAUUAAGUUCAUCGUCAAAUUCAGAUGUGACACCAAUAAUGACAGCGAGAAAAAUUAUAUCACCAAUUAAGAGGCAAGCGGAGAAUCUUUAUUUAUAUGGUUUACCUGAUUUUAGUGAUGUAUCAUCGAUAUCAGUUAAAGAAGCAAGUAAAAGUACCGAACGUGCUGUACUAUUAAAAGGACGUACAUCAACACCAAAUAUGAUACAUUCAAAUUCUGAUGAUAAAUCAAGUACAACGACAAUAAAUUCAUCUUGUAUUAGUCUACGUGAUCCUAACGAUAGUUUAAUUGCUCCAAAUUUAUUUCUUUCCCAUGGAAAGAAAAAGAAUAAUAAUAGAGGAAAAUUAACGAAACAUCUAUGAUGUUGAUUUUUUUAAAAUAAAUUCUUAGAAAAAACGGUAAAAUAUGAAUUUUACCGUUUUUAAUUUUGAUAAUCUUCACAAAAAAGUGAGAAACUUUUUAAAUAGGAAGAAAUGUGUUCAUUAUUGACGUAAAUUUUUAAUUAAAUAUUAUAUAUAUAUAUAUACUGUUUUGAGCUCGCGAAAAUUUAUUUAAGGUUCAAAUUUAUAUAAAUAUAUAUCAGUUUGUAGAUCAAAUUGAUCUAAAUUUUGUGCCUUUUAAGAAUUUUCGAUUUAUUAUAAUUAUGCCAUUCGACCUUGUUAAUAAU